AUCUGAUACGGCAAAGAAGAACAGAAACUCUUUUAUGGUCUAUGUUUGCCAGAAAAUCACCACAGAUCUUUGACAUCCUCAGACACAGCAUGUUCUUGGCGAAACAGCAUUUCACAGCUCACGCUCGUCACGGCUUCCUGUGCGGUGGGCAGUUUGUCAGUUCGAUCAGGAGGAGCUCACAACACUGAAAGACUCUUCUGCUGAAUCAAAUUCCAUAAACCAAAAUGUCAAACCCAGUGGUGACCAGUCAACCAGGUGCAGGCGGCUACGGGACAAAUGUCCAGACAGGAGAGUGGAGCACGGGCCUUUGCUCCUUCUGCAGUGACUUUCUUGUCUGUGCUAUUGGCUGCGUGUGUCCACUUGCACUGAGCUGCUACACCGCGGAUAAGUAUGGAGAAAACUGCUGCUUGGGUUGUGUGCCAGGAGGAAUAACAGCCAUGAGGACUCAUAUGAGACUGACCUAUGGUAUUCAGGGAACCGUGUGCAACGACGCCUUGAUGUCUUGUUUCUGUGGACUUUGCGAGUUGUGCAGGAUGGCACGAGAAAUCCGCAUCAGGAGCGGAGAGGUCACACAGUAACCAGACACAGAGCAUUCUGGGCUGCUCGACAGUGGUUCCUAUUUGUCACUUUUGGCCUGUUGCUGUGGACGUAAUGUUUUUUUUUCUGUAGCUUGCCAAAUGCAGAGCAAUCAAUGAAAUAUGCAUUUUAAAAUGUUGAAUGGAUUUUUACCUUUAGCUUUAUACUGUGUGUCUGUGUAACACUGACGAUUUACAUUUUUUUUUGCAUCAGUGUAAAUAAAUUACAUUGUUCACUCA